GGUCCGUUAUGCCUCGCGGGCGGGAUCGGGUGGUGGCGCUGGCGGACAUGGACUGUUUUUACAUACAGGUGGAGCAGCGCCUGGAGCCCAGGCUGCGCGGCAAGCCGUGUGCCGUGGUCCAGUACAAGACGUGGAAAGGCGGCGGGAUAAUUGCUGUGAGCUAUGAAGCUCGUGCUUUUGGAGUUACCAGGAACAUGUGGGCUGCUGAUGCCAAGAAGCUGUGCCCAGACCUUCUGUUAGCUCGCGUGCCAGAGGCUCAUGGCAAAGCAGAUCUCACUAAGUACCGAGAAGCAAGUGCUGAGGUGAUGGAAGUGAUGUCACGCUUCGCAGUGAUUGAGCGUGCCAGCAUUGAUGAGGCCUACAUGGACCUAACUAAUGCUGUGCAGGAAAGGCUUCAGAAGAUGCAAGGGCAGCCUGUUGCAGCAGAACAGUUGGCAACUACCUAUAUCCAGGGAUUGCCAGAGACCUCUGCAGCAGAAGAGGAAACAAACAGCAAAGAAGAACUACGGCAACAUGGCUUGUGCCAGUGGCUUGAGUUGCUGCCUUUUGGAGAUCCUGGCAAUCCUGAGCUGCAGUUGACUGUGGGAGCAGUAAUUAUGGAAGAAAUGAGGGCAGCUGUAGAGUCUGUCACUGGAUUUAGGUGCUCAGUUGGAAUUUCUCACAACAAGGUAUUAGCAAAACUGGCCUGUGGCCUCAACAAGCCUAAUCGGCAGACUCUGGUAUCACAGGGUUCUGUCUCUGAGCUGUUCAGCAAGAUGCCAAUCAGCAGCAUCCGCAGCCUUGGAGGGAAGCUAGGUGCCUCCAUCACUGAACUGCUGGGAGUGGAAUACAUAGGGCAGUUGAUCCAGUUCAGUGAAUCACAGCUUCAGACACACUUCGGAGAUAAGACUGGCUCCUGGUUGUAUGACUUAUGUCGAGGGAUUGAGCAUGAACCUGUAAAACCUAGACAAUUACCAAAAUCCAUUGGCUGCAGUAAGAACUUUCGUGGAAAAACAGCAUUGAUUACUCAGAGGCAGGUGCAACAUUGGCUGCUGCAGCUGGCCUUGGAGCUGGAGGAGAGGCUUAACAAGGACCGAGAACAAAACAACCGGGUAGCUAAACAGCUGAGUGUUGGGAUCCGUCUGCAGGGUGGAAAACAUGCUAGUGGCCUCUCCCGUUGCUGUGCCCUGUCCCAUUAUGAUUCUCAGAAAAUCAGCAGAGACGCAUUUGCGGUCAUCCAGAAUUACAAUACAGCUGGAGGCCAGCAGACUGCAUGGUCUCCUCCAAUCACACUUCUCCAACUCUCUGCAAGCAAGUUUUCAGAGGUUACCGCAGCAUCCUCUGUUGACAUUACUACCUUCCUGAGUACAGACAGCAAGUAUACCCGGCCCAUUAGUAUCACUGCAACUAGCCCAAAGACCAAGUCUCUUGGAAGCCCCAAAAAGGAGACCAGCAAGGCUGUGAAUGCGAUUCAGAUUCUCUUUCAGAGAGCAGAAGAAAGGAAACAAGCUCAAGCUGCAGCUGCGUCCUCUCCUCCUGAUGUUACUAAUGCAAAGACAAUAUCAUCAGUCGCGUCCGCAUCAUGUCACAAAGAAUUAAUUCCCAUCAACAGGCAGAGUCCAAAUGAUCUUCUGGAACAAAGCAUCACCGGUAGGAACUCUGACUCGCAGGACCAGCCCUCUGGAGAACAGUCUCUGUGCAGCUCCGAUGCAGGACCUGUGGAGACCCCUUUACUCAGUCAAGUUAACACUGCACUGGUAAAAGCAGAGGUGCUCAAGGCCUCUUCGGAGCAACCCGACCUGUGGCAAGAAAAGAGUGUGCCGCUUGCUGCUGGAUUUUCCCAAGAGGAAGCUGAGAGUGGAACUCCGCACACCGUUUCUGGGGACCAAAUCUUGUGUGAAAAGUGUAACCAAGAGGUGCUGGUGUGGGAGUACCCGGAACAUUUAGACUAUCACUUUGCUGUGGAGCUGCAGAACACCCUCUCGGGACCCAGCUCUGUCAGGCUACCUGGGGCUGUUAGCAGUUCUCCGAUUAAGGGCAAAAGUAAACCAAGGACCCCCACAGCCUCCAGUGCCAAACGGGCGAGGAAAGACAUCACUGGGACUCUGGAUUCAUUUUUUAAGUGUCUGCCUCCUUAG